GUCUGGUGCCCGCUGGGGACUUGCUGCGGCACAACUGGACCAUGGAGAUCCCCGUGCCCAUCCAGCCUUCCUGGCUGCGUCGCCCAGCCCCCGUGGGAUUCCCUGGCCUGGCUGCCCCCACCAGACUCUUUGACCAGCGCUUUGGGGAGGGUCUGCUGGAGGCUGAGCUGGCAGCACUCUGCCCUCAGGCCCUAGCCCCUUACUACCUUCGGGCACCUAGUGUGGCACUUCCCACGGAUCCUGGCCCUGGAGAGGCCAGUCCUUUAGCCAUCGCCCCUCCCUGUGCCCCGGGGCCCUCUGCAGACAAGGAGUGGCCCAUGGGCAUCUCCCCUGCCCUCCAGGUGACCCUGGCUAAGGGGCACUUCUCGGUGCUGCUGGACGUGAAACACUUCUCGCCAGAGGAGAUCACCGUCAAGGUGGUGGGGGACCACAUGGAAGUCCACGCCCGCCACGAGGAGCGCCCGGAUGAGCACGGCUUCAUCUCCAGGGAGUUCCACCGCAGAUAUCGGCUGCCCGAGGGUGUGGACCCAGCCGCAGUGACCUCAGGCCUGUCCCCAGAGGGCAUCCUGUCCAUCCAGGCAGCAGCCCCUGGGACCCCCACGGCAGAGAGAACUGUGCCCAUUGCCCAGGGGCCACAGGCUGGGGCUAAGUAGGAGGGGCUCCCUUCUCCCAAGAAAUGGAGCUGGCGGUGCCCCCCUCUAAACCUGCUCCCCACUGACCCUCCAGUUCCUUCCCUUUCCCCCUCCCACCCCCUCUCUCCUUCUGGACGAUCUGAGCUUUGUCCUUCCUGUAACUCCCUCCCCCUCCUGUGCCACAGGCUCCAGGGAGGCCUCGACCUCAGGACCCAAUAAACACGCUGGGCCUCGCCAA